AUGCUUUCGGCCCCUCUUCUUUUCACCCUCCUCACCUACUGCUCAGGUGCCUUCGCCCAGUAUCUCCUGACCCAGCCGCCCUCUGUGUCUGGGUCCCUGGGGCAAAAUGCAAGAGUCACUUGUGCCGGAAACAACAUUGGAGGAAAGAAGGUUCGGUGGUACCAGCAGAAGCCUGGGAGUCCCCCUGUCCUGAUUAUAUAUGCCGAUAGCCAGAGAAGCCCCACCGGGACCUCAGACCGAUUCUCUGGCACCAACUCUGGCAACACGGCCACCCUCAGCUUCUCAGCAGUGUUUUCAAACCACACAGAGUACCUGACUGAAGUGUGGAGGAGGCUGUUGGAAGACUACCUGCAUUUGAAUUCGGGCAGCUCUUCAGGAGAUACUGCUGAAGGGGCCCAUUCACAGUACACCUUGACUCAACCUGCUGCCCAAUCAUCUCCCCUGGGACAAUCAGCAAAGAUCUCAUGCACCAUGAGCCGGGACAGCCAGGUGGGCAGUUAUAGCAUAGCUUGGUACCAACAACACCCUGGAAAGAGCCCAAAAUACCUUCUCUACGAUGCCAACAGCAACGGCCGGUUCACGGGGUCCAAGGACACCUCUGCCAAUGCAGCCUACUUAACAAUUGCCAGCCUCCAGGCUGAUGAUGAGGCGGAUUAUUAUUGUGGUGGUGCUUACGGGAGUGGCAGCAACUGGAGUGGACAAGUACAAUCUUAUUACCAAUCGUGGUAUCAACAACAAGAAGGAGGUCCUCCCAGAUUCCUUUAUCGUUACUACAACAGUGCAGCUCCAGGCUCUGGAGACCUCAGCCGCUUCUCUGCCUCCAAGGAGGGCAGCCAAAAUAAAUGGUAUUUGACCAUCAACAACGUCCAGCCAGAAGACGAGGCUGCUUAUUACUGUGCUGUGUGGUAUCACCCAAGCUCAGAGGGAGGGCUCUAUUUUGAGGUAGAGCUGAGAGGGGCUGCCCUCCAGUUCCUCUGCGACCCUCACAAUUUCCUCCAAUCAGAUAUUCUUUGGACUAGAAAGCGACACGCUACUAAGGUGUGCACCAUGGCCUGGAUUCUGAUUUUCCUUGCAUUUCUUAGUGAUUUCUCAGGUGCUAUUUCACAGCCCACCUUGACUCAGCCUGUCUCCCAGUCUGCAUCUCCAGGAGAAACCAUUAAACUCUCCUGUGCCAUCAGCAGCAGUCCAAACAACAUUCGCUGGCUUCAGCAGAGAUCUGGAGAGGCCCCUCGCUUUGUGCACUGUGAUGGCUGCAACAGAGGACCAGGGAUCCCAGACCGAUUCACAGGCACCCGAUCAGGCAAUAAUGGCUACUUAACCAUCACCAGCCUUCAGGCUGAAGACGAGGCCGAUUAUUACUGUUUCAUGUGGUACAGCAGUGGCAACGUGUUCCACAGUGAGACAGACUGAUGGGGAACUGCGACAAAAACCUUCUUCCU